AUGGGUACUCUUCUGAUUUCAAAGAUCAGAGAAGAGUAUCCUGACUGGAUGAUGAUGACCUUCUCAGUCUUUCCAUCUCCAAAGAUUGGAUUUGAUAAAGCUGAUAGGAAGCGUCUUUUCAACAUGAUAAAUGAUCUCCCAACAAUCUUUGAAGUUGUGUCAAGGGCAUCUAAGAAGCAAGUGAAGGAUAAGUCAACUGUGUCAAACCACAGCAGCAGCAAGUCAAAGUCAAACUCUAAGGAGGCGAAAGGGUCGGAGCCACCUGCUAAAUUUUUACAUGGGGACACAUUCAUGUGGUGA